CCCACCGGCACCGGUGUAAAACAGGGUAUUUUGGGCAAAGCGCUGCUCCCUGAUCCUGACACGGCCGCGUGCAAGGGAUUCCUGGUCAGACUGGUACAGCCUGCUGCUGCCUUGGUGUACUCUGAACCAACACCUUCAUCAGCCCAGUGAAGACCCGGGAUAGGCAUCAGCCAUGCGGAUCCUGUACCUGCUCUUCCCCCUCUUCCUCCUGUUGCUCCAAGGUGCUGCAGGAUCCACCUUGGCUCCAAGAAAUGAGAAAGAAUGUCUUCGACAAAAAGGCUUCUGUGCAAUUCUGAAAUGCAAUUUUCCCUAUAUCAUCGCUGGGAAAUGUUCAAGGUUUUCCUUUUGCUGCAAAAAGUAAGCUUUGGAAUCAAAAGUGUUACUGUGAUGGGAGAAAGAGUUGCUAUUGUGUUUAAGUGCCCAUGACCAGCUCAGUGCUACACACGCCCCAAGGCAGAGACCCGGGGAGGAAAGGAAAGGUGCUUGGACCUACUCUGAGUAUGGCAGAAGGAGCCCAAGG